AUGGUUCAUCAUCAGUCAAAAGUUGGCCACAGCUUAAGGCGUGUAGUGUUGUUGAGAAUGGAAACUGUUGCAGCUUUUCGAGCUUCUUUCAGCAGUCUUUCGCCUGAUUCGUCGUGCAACCGAUCGGGCCCGGUCCGACCCGAUUUGAGCGUCGGCUCAAGGCGCGUGCCUUCUAACGCCUUGAUUCAGGUGUUGUUCCUUUCUCAUCUGCAAAGACAUUCAAUUUCUGCAGCGAAGAGUAACAACAGAAAAGUAAACCUUUUGAGCAGGAAAUGGUCUACAAUCACAGCCUGUAUGCAGCCUUCGAAUUCUGCAAGCUCGUCUGCUCCUAUUGCACCUCUUCAGCUGGAGUCUCCAAUUGGCCAAUUCCUGUCAGAGAUACUUGUAAGCCACCCACAUCUUGUCCCAGCUGCAGUCGAGCAGCAGCUCAAGCAGCUGCAAACUGAUCGUGAUGCUGAGAAAGAGAAAGAGGAGCCAGCUGCAUCUGGCACUGAUCUUGUGUUAUACAGGAGAAUUGCGGAGGUGAAAGCUAAUGAAAGGAAAAGGGCCUUAGAAGAAAUACUGUAUGCCCUAGUGGUAAAAAAAUUCAUGGAUGCUGAAGUUCCCAUGGUCCCAUCAAUCGCCCGAUCUCCGCCCAACAACUCUGGACGUGUGGACACAUGGCAUCCCCCCGAAGACCAUAAACUCGAGCAUCUCCACUCUCCCGAAGCUUACGAGAUGAUUCAGAACCAUCUCACCCUCAUUCUCGGGAACCGACUCAGUGACUCUAACUCUGCCGCCCAAAUAAGCAAACUCAGGGUUGGCCAGGUGUAUGCAGCUUCCAUCAUGUACGGCUAUUUCCUUAAGAGGGUCGAUCAAAGAUUUCAGUUGGAAAAGACAAUGAAAAUCCUUCCCCAAGGUAUGGUCGGUGAAGAGAGUCUUGCCGAAGAAGUAAUGAUGGACAAUAAGAGUCUUCCAGAAGUCUCUUCAGGUGGUUUUGUUGGGUUAAAACCUUGUCGGCUGAGGAGUUAUGUGAUGUCGUUUGAUGGGGAGACUCUUCAGAGGUACGCGACUAUACGGUCAAAGGAGGCUAUUAGUAUUGUUGAGAAACAUACAGAGGCUCUGUUUGGUAGGCCCGAAGUUAAUUUCACAGCCGAUGGGAAUGUUGACCCCUCGAAAGAUGAGCAGAUUAAGGUUAGCUUUGGUGGGCUGAGGCGGCUUGUUCUGGAAGCUGUGACUUUCGGCUCUUUUCUUUGGGAUGUUGAGAGCUAUGUUGACUCAAGGUACCAUUUUGUUACAAAUUGAGAAGCGGGGUUUGAGAAUAAAGAGAAGGGCGUGAUUGGAGCUUUGGUUUUGUGGGAUGGCUAAAAUACUGGUGUGUGUUGCUCUAUUUGACUGUACAUAUGCAUACUUGUUUUGUCUUUUUUAAUUUGUGUUGUUGAUGACAGUGCUGCUGAGUAAGAGGGAUUUGUUUAUAUACAGUGGGAAAUGGGAAAUGCCUGUUGGAUUUAUUUGUGGAUUCCAACUUUUAAUUUUUCGGUUUUGAUAAUGCUGUUUGCCGUGGAUUUUUAUUUGUUGUGGCAAAGCAUGGUGCUUUAAUUGGAUAAAUAUUUAUUCCAUAAGUAACAUAGUAUAAGGAUCAUCUCUGUAAGUAUUUUGUUGUUUUGAAAUUAUAUUAUGUUGUGACCUCUGCUGUAUUUGGAUUUCAUAAACUUGAUUCUGGGGAAGGUUAGUACAUGGGUGCAGAAAUUGAGAUUCUGUUAUUCCCACCAUAUUUCGUCAACAUAAAGCUAUGCAGGAUUUUGGCAAAGACAUCAUGGAAAGACAUUUUUGCUUCCCUUCUUGUAACCUGAACUGAAAUGAAAUCCUGCCCGCUAUAGUAGAAGUUGAAGUUGUUCUUGUGUUUUUCAUGAUGAGUAAUGUUUCCCCAUGCUCUCGACCCACCUCCACUUGUCAGGAACUCGAUUGGGCUGCAGUAAAAGUUCGGCUAUUGCUGAAUUACAUAUGUUAGUAUGUGAAAUGAUAUUUUCUGGUAGAUCUUUGUUUUUACCUUCCAGUGUUAUUGAUGUGUUCCAGACAGUGCUCAUGCCCAUUUAUGUAUAUAGGGACCUUGUUUGCCUGGGAAAUAGAUAAAAAGGGGGGCACCUGAAGUAUGGGGAGGAGGAGCUUCACAAGUUCUUGGGUGUCUCCUCGUUUGCCAAUGCUUCUUAUUGGAUGAUGUCCGACGACAAUUUUCCAGGUAGCAUUUGAUGCUCUCAAAUUUGCAUUUAGAUCCUAUUGAGGAUAUAUAAUAAAGGGAUUUGUGGCUUAGUAAUGUUUGCAAACCCGGAUCACAUUACCAUAUAAAUAUCAAAACUUAAGGUGAUACUGACCCUUAGAAGGUUAUAAAUGUAUAAGCUUCUGGGGAGUACCCCUUCCCAGUUGAAUUUCUUGGCCUUGGUAAAAUACUUGUUGACAAAUGGGUUUGUGUCGACCAUGAAAAUGUGUACCAUCCCUGAAGAUUUGAUGCUCGAUUUAUGUGGAGAAAGAUUUUGGAAACUAUCAUGAAGCAUGAUCAAAGAGGAUUUAAGACAUGCACAAAAAAAAAACCAAUUUAUGUUCUCUAGUCACUGAGUAGGAAGAAUAAGUAAACAAUCUUAACUGGUUCACAUGAGUAGGUUUGUGAACAUAUACAUUUUUGGAAUUCCAAUUACAUAGUUACAGAACAUAUUCAUUCAGCUUGUUUAUAGUUUGUUAAUGUAGCGACUGACUUGAUCUUUAAAAGUGUUUAUUAGAUCUGGCACUUGGAAGAAAUCAAGAUAAAGCGUUGAUAAUACUGUACUGGAAAUUUUUUCUUAAAGACUUGAGAAAAUUUAUCAUUUUUCCCUGAUUGAUUUGUUAACAAAUUAAACAUAACAGCUAAAAGGCUUAGUGAAUACUACCAGCUUGAACAAUGUAAGACCUGCUUUCAGUUCCAUCGACGGUCUCGUUUCUUUAGCAAUGGGCUCAACUGUGCCUCAGUAUUCCCAUGAUAAUCAUGAUUCCCCAGUACUACAUCGUAAGGAAAAUAGAUUUAAG